GCCCCAACAGAUAAGCUGCUGUUGAAUAGGUGAAUGAAUUCCUGCAUCAUCUGAGCUCACACAUGUCUCAGCCAUUCAGAACAGAAAACAAUUCCUCCAUGGCUCACAGACCUACCGCUAAUCUCUGAAUAGCUCUCUCUGACUGCCUUUGAGAGAGAGACUGAAACUGAUUUUUGCAACACAAACUCCAGAAAGAAUGCCUGAAUCCUGAUGGAAAAGAGAAAUGAUGUAUGUUAGCUGUUCCUGCUUUGAAAAAGGGCUGAUGUGGACAGUGAAAUGCCUAAUAAUCUAACGUUAAUGUGACUGGUGUGGGAUGGCAACUGAGUAACCGACAAUUCGCACAAGUCUUUUGCAACUUGGGAUGAGCUGUAGCCGUUAGUCUGAAGGAGCAUCAUGGACGAUUCCAGCAUUUUGAGGCGGAGGGGGCUGCAGAAAGAAUUAAGUUUGCCAAGAAGAGGAAGUUUCUGUCGUACAAGUAAUAGGAAGAGCCUGAUUGUGACAUCGAGCACUUCACCGACUCUACCGCGACCACAUUCGCCAUUACCAGGACACACAGGUAACAGCCCUCUCGACAGUCCAAGGAAUUUCUCUCCCAAUGCAGCAGCUCACUUUUCGUUUGUGCCAGCUCGCAGCCAUGGUCACAGAGCCGACAGGACGGAUGGACGACGAUGGUCUCUGGCUUCCCUGCCCUCUUCUGGAUAUGGAACCAAUACGCCAAGUUCCACAGUAUCUUCAUCCUGCUCAUCACAGGAAAAACUUCACCAGCUGCCGUAUCAGCCCACAGCCGACGAGCUGCACUUCCUCAGCAAGCACUUCAGUACCGAGAGCAUCACCGACGACGAUGGAAGGCAAUCACCCAUGCGACCUCGAUCUCGCAGCCUCAGUCCUGGACGAUCCCCUUGUUUCUAUGACAAUGAGAUAGUGAUGAUGAACCAUGUUUAUAAAGAACGAUUUCCAAAGGCCACGGCUCAGAUGGAAGAGAACCUGCGGGAAUUCAUCACCUCCAGCGAUCCUGAGAAUGUGCUGCCGCUGGCUGACGGGGUGCUUAGCUUCAUCCACCAUCAGGUCAUCGAGCUGGCGAGGGACUGUCUGGCCAAGUCCCGAGAUGGCCUCAUCACCUCCAGGUACUUCUUUGAGCUGCAAGAGAACCUGGAGAAACUGCUGCAAGAUGCCCACGAAAGGUCAGAGAGUUCCGAGGUAGCAUUUGUCACCCAGCUGGUGAAGAAGCUGAUGAUCAUUAUCGCACGACCAGCACGUUUGCUCGAGUGUCUGGAGUUUGAUCCAGAGGAAUUCUAUCAUUUGUUGGAAGCAGCUGAAGGCCAUGCCAAAGAAGGACAAGGAAUUAAGACUGAUAUUCCCCGCUACAUUAUCAAUCAGCUGGGGCUCACCAGGGAUCCCUUGGAGGAAAUGGCCCAGCUAAGUAGCUAUGACAGUGGUAAUUCAGAAACCCCAGAGACUGACGAUUCUGUCGAUAGUCGAGGUGCUGCAGUUCACACAAAGAAAACGCCGUGUGAGGAAGACUUUGAAAACCUUAAGCUGAUCAGCAACGGAGCCUAUGGAGCUGUCUAUCUGGUGAGGCAUAAAGAAACACGACAACGAUUUGCCAUGAAGAAAAUCAACAAGCAAAACCUGAUCUUAAGGAACCAAAUCCAACAAGCAUUUGUUGAAAGAGACAUCUUAACCUUUGCUGAAAACCCCUUUGUGGUCAGCAUGUUCUGUUCCUUCGACACCAAGCGACACCUUUGCAUGGUCAUCGAGUACGUUGAAGGCGGUGACUGUGCAACAUUGCUGAAGAACAUUGGUGCUUUGCCGGUGGAAAUGGCCAGAAUGUAUUUUGCAGAGACAGUGCUGGCUUUGGAAUACCUGCACAAUUAUGGCAUCGUUCAUCGCGACCUCAAACCAGACAAUCUGCUUAUCACUUCAAUGGGUCACAUCAAGCUGACAGACUUUGGGCUUUCGAAGAUUGGACUGAUGAGUCUCACCACCAAUCUGUACGAAGGGCACAUUGAAAAAGAUGCCAGAGAAUUUCUCGACAAGCAGGUAUGUGGCACUCCGGAAUAUAUUGCUCCUGAGGUAAUAUUGCGACAAGGUUAUGGGAAGCCAGUGGACUGGUGGGCGAUGGGGAUAAUCCUGUAUGAGUUUCUGGUGGGAUGUGUGCCUUUUUUUGGAGACACUCCAGAGGAACUGUUUGGACAAGUGAUAAGUGAUGAAAUAGCUUGGCCUGAUGGGGAUGAUGCCUUACCACCUGAUGCCCAGGACCUCAUCUCAAAGCUGUUGAGGCAAAACCCAAUGGAACGACUUGGUACAGGCAGUGCCUAUGAGGUAAAACAGCAUCGCUUCUUCACAGACCUAGACUGGAACAGUCUGCUCCGCCAGAAAGCCGAAUUCAUUCCUCAGCUGGAGUCCGAAGAUGACACAAGUUACUUUGACACUCGCUCAGACCGGUACCAUCACCUCGAUUCUGAUGAGGAAGAUGACACGAAUGAUGACGACCGUGUGGAAAUCAGGCAGUUUUCAUCGUGUUCACCCAGGUUCAGCAAGGUUUACAGUAGCAUGGAGCGGCUUUCAAUACACGAAGAGAAGAAAACACCUCCAACCAAACGUAGCUUGAGUGAGGAAAAAGAAGACAAGAUUGACAAGUUGGACGGCCUCAGUGGCCUGAAGACCCGAGAUCGGAGCUGGAUAAUUAGCUCUCCUGAAAUUAUCAGAAAGCGAAUGUCCUUGUCAGAGUCCUCCCACACAGAGAGUGACUCCAGCCCUCCGCUGACAGUCAGGAGACGGUGUUCCACGUUGAUGGAGAUGCCGCGCUUUGCCAUCUCUGCGGAGGAGGAGGGGAGGAGGCAGCAAGCAGCCAGGGCGCGGGAAGAGGCGUCCCUUACGAUCCCCGAGCAGCCCUCGGAGAGAAGCCCAGCGCUGGAGGGGGAUGUCAGUCCUGCUACCCCCUCCUCGACAAUCAGUAACAUCAGCAGCUCAACCCUAACUGCCAGCAGCACGGCUGAUCUGUGGGAUCAGAGGUCCCGAAGCAACAGCACUGAGGGAUCAGACUCUUCUACUCCAAAAGCAAUCAGUGACCUCGCCGUCCGAAGAGCUCGGCACAGACUACUUUCUGGGGAAUCGACUGAGAAGCGCACCUCCAGGCCUGUCAAUAAAGUGAUAAAAUCAGCUUCUGCAACCGCUUUGUCUCUUAUGAUUCCUUCAGAUCAUCACGCUGGCUCCCCCUUAGCCAGUCCUAUGUCACCGCAUUCAUUGUCGUCCAACCCGUCCUCACGGGAUUCCUCGCCCAGCCGGGACUUCUCCCCAGCAGUGAACAAUCUGAAGCCUCCCAUCAUCAUCCACCGAGCUGGCAAGAAAUACGGCUUCACUCUCAGAGCAAUCCGAGUGUAUAUGGGAGAGAGUGAUGUCUAUACGGUUCACCACAUGGUGUGGCACGUGGAGGAAGGUGGUCAAGCCCAUGAUGCUGGCCUCCGAGCAGGAGAUCUGAUAACCCAUGUCAACGGCGAGCCUGUCCACGGCCUGGUGCACACAGAGGUGGUGGAACAUAUAUUGAAGAGUGGAAAUAAGGUGUCCAUAUCGACCACUCCUUUCGAGAAUACCUCCAUCAAAAUCGGCCCGGCUCGGAGAUCCAGCUACAAGUCAAAGAUGGCGAGAAGGAACAAGAAGGGCAAAGUCAAAGACGGACAGGAAAGUAAGAAAAGAAGCUCUCUCUUCCGAAAGAUUACAAAGCAAGCAUCAUUACUGCACACCAGUCGAAGUUUAUCCUCUCUGAAUCGAUCCCUUUCUUCUGGAGAAAGUGUGCCGGGAUCACCAACACACAACCUUUCCCCUCGCUCACCCACCCAGAGCUACAGGUCAACCCCGGAUUCUGCUCAUUCAGUCGGUGGCAAUUCAUCGCAAAGCAGCUCGCCCAGUUCCAGUGUACCCAAUUCCCCAGCCAGUUCUGGCCACAUCCGCCCCAGCUCUCUGCAGGGUUUGGCUCCCAAGCUGCAGAGACAGUACAGAUCACCCAGACGCAAGUCGGCAGGAAAUAUCCCCCUGUCCCCUCUCGCUCGCACUCCAUCGCCCACGCCACAACCGACCUCCCCCCAGCGCUCUCCAUCUCCCUUACCUUCACAUUGCUUGGGGAGUUCGAACGCAACACAGUCGUUCCCGGUCAAGCUCCACUCCUCUCCACCCCUGGUCAGGCAGAUCUCCAGGCCCAAAAGUGCAGAGCCUCCUCGAUCGCCCCUGUUGAAGAGGGUCCAGUCCGCGGAGAAGCUGGCCUCCACCCUCUCCUCUGACAAGAAGCUCUCGUCCUCCCGCAAGCACAGCCUGGAUAUCUCACACUCCGAGUUCAAGAAAGAGAUGCUGCAGAGAGAUCCCAGUCUACAGAGCUUACAGGAAUCUGUAAAUGAGACUCCGGGCUGUAAAGCCGGCCCUGCGGAAAAGGGAACGUUAAAACAACCCACCGGCAGGAAGCUUGGGAGGCAGGAAUCAUCGGAGGGAAUCAACAGGGGCAAACUGAACGACAAACUGGUGGCCAUACGAUACGACCGAGCGGAAAGAAGAGAAGCUCUGCAGAAACAAGACGCCAUCCACGAGGUGGAUGUCUCCGAGGACGAGAGCGACGAGGGGUCGGAGGGCAGCCAGGAAGGAAGGAAACCGAGCGAUUCCCGGGUCCGGGCAGAGGUUUCGAACGUAUUCGAAGCGAGUCAGGAUUCAUACAAAGCAGGCGGCCGAGAUUCUGCCGAAGAGGACCUCAGCUCGGUCUUCUUGCCCGAAGAAUCCAAAGUUGCGAAGCUUCCAGUCAAAGUCUUGACUCAACCUCCAGAGGGCAGUGUCGGGAGGUCAAUCCACGGACCAGUCUCACAUAAAAUGCCAGAACCCAACCCAACCGAAAGCUCUUCAAUUAACGCUGCACGUGCGACAAAAGAUGUAUUGCCACGUACAGCCUCAGGGCUUCAACCGGGCGGGCAGAUUAAAACCGACUGCACAGACUUGAAAACUCCUGAAAUAAAACCGCCUUUAUUAGAUUGUGUGACAGCAAAGAUUAAAGACUCCCUUAAAAUCAUCGUAAUGGAAAAUGUCCCGGAGAAACUGUCAAGCCAGGGGCUCAAGAAAGCAGCCCCAUCCGAAGUACAUCAGGGCAUUCAAACAGACUGUACAGAAACUGGCAGUAACAACACUCCUCUUAGUCAGAUGAAACCAUCCAGGCCUCCUGCAACGAAGGACCCUCGUGAGAGACCCACGGAAGCGACUGCACAACGAGUUGUGUGCUCUUCCCCGAGUGCCGAGCAGUUUCUAUUGGAAUGGGCGCGCGCUCAGCCUGCGACACAGCUCCAGCGAACAGGAGAGCCUAAAAGGGAGGGUCUCGGGGCUGAAAAGCCGCUAAUUGGCGAGGCCAUCGGCCAAAGCGUCGGUAAGCCAAAGAACGUGUUAAAGAUCAGCGAGAAGGCACUGCAGUCAAACAAUGUGAAAUGUCAGCAGGCGCUAAAGUGUUCCGCUGCCGAGGACAAGGAAGCCAGGUCCAGCCAAAAUGAACGAAUACUAAAGGAGAAAAGAGAUGCGGAUGUUAAGGGUCAGCCAGCAGUCAGCAUGGCAAGCUCAGCGUGCUCCCCAGUUAGCUUUGAUAAAACACCUUUCGUUUCCCAUUUAGCCACCGUUGCCAAAAGUGUGUUGGGCCCAGUGAAGCUGGUUCUCCCUGGCAUGGCGGAGACCAAGAAGAGGAAAGAAGGAGGGUUACAGGACUUUCUGGCCUGGAGUACUAAAGAGCCACACUUUAACGCGUUUGGGCCUGCUGCAGCCUCGCCAGCGUGUGCAUCACCGUUAAAGCCUGGACCAACGCUCGCAGCCUUACAGGAGCAGGAGGGAGGAGCAGAGGGAGCAAGGAUUCCCAAACCAAAAGAACUGAGAGUUUGUGGGGGAAAGACUGGGAAAGAUCAGCCUGGAAGCUGCAACUCCAAAGGCCGGGAGCCAACAGACAGUAAGAGAGGACAAGAUGUCCUGGGCUGGGAGGAGAUCCAACGGGAUGAUCAUUUCAAAAAAACAUAGUUGACAAUUUCCAGUUAUGAGAAGUGAAGUCAUCAGCAUCUUAAGAAGACCCGAGCUUUAUUAUUUUUUUAAGUUUCCUUAAAGCUGCAUGUUUGACUUUGUAUCCAUACACUAUCGGGAAAACCUAUCCAACU